CCGUCGCGUUGCCUCUGACGCGUUUGCGCAUCAUUCUCCUCAGCUGACGCGGCGAAACGGGACCGACUGCUGUUAACGUUACGCGCAAGAUCGGGCCGAAUUUUGCGCACAUUUCACCGUCGGGAAAUGAGUAUAGAAAUCCCCGAGGGCUUGACGGAGCUUCUGCAGAGCUUUACCGUGGAGGUCCUCAGGAACCAGCCGGGGGACCUGCUGGAGUUCGCGCUGCAGUACUUCACGCGUCUCAAGGAGAACGAGAGCCGCGGCGGCGCGUUCGGCAAUGAGCACAACUCAGCCGCGCGAGCGGGGAAAGCCGUCAACUUCAUCGAGGAGGCCAUGCAGAUCGACUCCGAAAACGGAGAGGACGAGGACGAUGAAGAAGAAUUCGUAGCUCCGGUUAUCAACAGAUUUGUCCGGAGAGCUUCUGUUUGUGCGGAGGCGUACAACCCUGAUGAGGAUGAAGAGGAGAGAGAACCCAGGGUGAGUGGUCUCUCGAGAACUGCGACAGAGAGUCCCUCCUCUUUUAUGCAUUUCUGUGGCAUCUGCUGCACGGUAUCCCAUCAUGCUUUGCUGUGCCUUCAGGUCACUCACCCCAAAACAGACGAGCAGAGACAGAGGCUACAGGAAGCCUGCAAAGACAUCCUACUGUUCAAAAACCUGGACCAGGAGCAGAUGUCACAAGUCUUGGAUGCCAUAUUUGAGAAGGUAGUGGUGACCGGAGAGCACAUCAUCGAUCAAGACGACGAUGGCGACAACUUCUACGUCAUUGAGAGAGGAACGUUUGACAUCAUGUUGAAAGCGGACGGCACCACACGGACGGUGGGCUCUUAUGACAACCGUGGGAGUUUUGGAGAGCUGGCCCUCAUGUACAACACGCCGAGGGCCGCCACCAUCAUCGCUACCUCACCUGGAGCCCUGUGGUGCCUCGAUCGGUUGACAUUCAGAAGGAUCCUCUUAAAGAACAACGCAAAGAAAAGAAAAAUGUACGAGGCUUUCAUCGGGACUCUUCCUCUGCUCACGUCACUGGAGGUUUCAGAGAGAAUGAAAGUUGUUGAUGUCUUGUCAACUAAAGUGUACAACAGUGGAGAACAGAUCAUUGCUCAGGGUGAUUUGGCAGAUUGUUUCUACAUCGUAGAGUCAGGACACGUUAAGAUCACUAUGAAGAGGAGCAAAUCGAAAAAUGACACUGAAGACGAGGAGGUGGAAAUCGCCACAUGCUCUAGAGGCCAGUAUUUUGGAGAGUUGGCGCUCGUCACUAACAAGCCACGGGCAGCUUCUGCAUAUGCCAUGGACAACGUCAAAUGCUUAGUAAUGGACGUGCAGGCGUUUGAGAGGUUAUUAGGCCCCUGCAUGGACAUCAUGAAACGAAACAUAGCCAAUUAUGAGGAGCAGCUGAUCACGCUCUUCAAGAGUCACAUCGCAAUAGAGGAGCCGAAUGCAUGAAAUCAAUUAAUCAAAAACAUCGCAAACUUAAAAUGCAAUGUGAAACGAUGAGAAAAUGGUAAGUAGAGGCCUGUCAUCAUGGUCAAGAAAUCAUGUUAACAUACUGUAGGUCAUAAGCUUGAAGUUAUUGUUUUGCAUUCACAGAUGUGAAACUCCGGUGUGUCAAUGA